AUGGAAAACUUUGAUUUAAAAAAUUUAAAGGUUAUUAAUUAUUUAAAAUAUUUAUAAGAAACAAUUUUAGGUUCAGAUUAUUUUAGUACUGAUUCAGAAAUUAUAUAACUGAACAAGAAGUAUAAAUUUUAUGGGAUUAAUUUUGACAGGAAAGACUAGAUAUGUGUUAACUAUACAGAUUAGUUGUAAAAAGGAGUAAGUAUUUAUUACUAUCAUAAGUAUUUAUUUUAAAGAUGCAAAGGAAAGAUCUUACAUAUUUUUAAUAUACCCGAAUUCCCUUACUUAGUUUUUGAAUGCCUUUCUUAAGUGGAAAUUAAGGAUUUGUAUUUUGAAAAAUGUUCUAAAUACAACAAGGAGCACUCUUUUUGCUUAGAAUGUGAAAAUGGAUUUUAUUUUAACUCUAAAACUUUGAAAUGCGAAUAAAAUAUUUAAAAUUGUAUUAUACACAGUUUAUAAAGUACUUGCAUAUUAUGUCAAAGUGGAUAUAAAUUAAUAAACGGGACUAAUUGUGAAGCUAUUUGUGGAAUUAGUGUACCUGGGAGCAUUAAUAAUUUUCAAAAUUUUUAUAUUUAUUAAAACUCUGAUUCUAAUUAUACAAUUUGCAAAUAAACUUAAAUACCUUGUAAGUAGUUUGUAAAUGAUAAAUGUGUUGAAUGUUUUGAAGGAUAUUAUCUUGAUUAUUCUUAAGAUAAUACUUGUUUUAUUGAUUCCAAAUUUCCUGACUGUAAAAUUGUAGAUAAAAUUAAAUAAAACAAUAUUCAUAUAGAACAAAGUUACAUUCAUUAAGGUAAAUAGUGCAUCUUAUGCCAGGAAGGAUAUGUCCUAUUUUAAGGUUUAUGCUUUUGCCAAACUUAGAAAUGCAAAAUUUACAUUUAUUGUGACACAUAAAAGUGUUUGAAAAAAUAUAGGAGUUAAUUUAUAGGGCAAUUGAAUUUAGGCUAUAAUUAGUAUUUAGAAAAAUAUGGUUAAAGUUAUAAAGUGUUAGAUUGCUUAAUUGAAAACUGCUUAGUAUGUCAUGAAGGGAAUAUUUGCUUAAAAUGUAAGUAUGGUUUUUAUCAUAUUUAGGAUUAAUAAAUUUGCUAAGCUGGUAAAAAAGAAUCUUCAAUAGAUAAAAUAGAAAUGAAUGAGAAGAUUUAAAAUUGUCUUAAUUUAUCAAAAGAUGAAAAAAAAUGCUUAUAGUGUUUACCAAAUUAUUUUUUAAUGUAAGAUUUUAAAUGCUAUUAAAACUGUUAUUAUAACUAAUAAAAAUUUAUGGAUUCUAAAAUUGGAAACUUUUGUUUUGUAUGUCCUGAUGGGUGCAAAUAAUGCAUUUUUAAUUAUGACUAUUUUAUUGAACAAAAAUAGUUUGAAUGUAAUUCUUGCUUGAAAAAUUAUUUUUAUUACUAUGAAACUAAUUAGUGUAAAAAAGUAUGUGUAUUUUAUUUACAGGAUGGAGGAAUGUGUGGAAGUUCAUGCCACUCAGUAUAUGAUUAUUAUUUAGGGAAUAAAUGUGUAAAAAUAUGCCCUAAAUUUUAUAAAAUUGAAAAUGGAAUGAGAAUAUGUAUUGAGUCAUGUGAUGGAUUAUAUAGGUAUGAAGAUAACGCUUUUCUGUGUGCAACUAAAUGCGAAUUUAAUUAUUUGGUAGAUGAGGAAAACUUAUUAUGCAAAAUGUGCAAAGUUGAUAAUUGCGAAAUCUGUAGUAAGUAUUAAAAAAAUGUUUGUAUAAAAUGCUCUAUUAGUUAUACUUCUUAAGAUGGAAGAUGUAUUCAUUAAUGUUAAAAUUGGGCUAUUGUUUAUAAUCAAAAUGAUUGUGAUUAAAAUUUAACAAUUCAAAAAUGUGUUUAAUAAAAUUAAAAUCAAUGUAUAAAAUUUUAUACCUUCUUUAAAUAUGUGUAAAAAAAAUUGUGA